AUGGCCAUACCUGAGCAUGAUAAUAUAUUUCUCUUUGUACCAAAUUUAAUUGGUUAUGCGCGUAUUGUUUUGGCUUUAAUAGCAUUUUGGUUUAUGUCCACCAAUUAUGUGAUCUCGGGUUGGUGUUAUGCAACUAGCGCUCUACUGGAUGCCGUGGACGGACAUGCGGCGCGCACCUUCAAUCAAAGUACUCGUUUCGGGGCCAUGUUAGAUCAGUUAACCGAUCGUUGCGGCACUAUGGGUCUCUUGGUGACUCUUAGUUACUUUUAUCCUAAAUAUAUGUUCUGGUUUCAACUUUCAAUGGCGAUUGAUGUAGCGUGCCAUUGGCUUUACAUGCAAACGAGCGUAGUGGUGGGUAAAAGUUCCCACAAGGCCACUGACCUUAAUGAAAACAUUGUUAUGCGAAUAUAUUAUCAAAAAGAUGUUUUAACAUUUAUGUGCUGUGUGAAUGAAAUGUUUUAUAUAUGCUUGUAUUUACUGCACUUUACUACAGGGCCACUAAUUUUGGGUUUUUCGGUGUUUAAACUGUUGGCGUAUCUUACUGCCCCGUUCGCUUUGUUGAAAUCUUUAAUAAGUUGUGUCCAUGCUUAUGUGGCCAGUCAGGACUUGGCGGCGGUGGACAAGCGUGAACGCCAGGAGAAACGAGCCAAAGAAGCCAGUAAGCGUUCAGAGUGAACAACAACACAUAUACAAAUUAAUAUAUACCUUAAGAAAAAUAUGAAAAAAUUCCACUCAUGUAUUUUAAGUAAAUUUUUGAUUUUUUAGAUGUCUAUGGUAGAAUGUUGUAUAACUGUAAUGUGUUAUAUUUAUUGUGCUUUUUCCACAACUUUUUUUUUUGUUUUAAUUUAACAUUACUUUUAUUUUAUUAUUAUUGUUUUUGAAUUUAUUUUAUACAUAAUUCUUAAGUUAUUUAAAGUUAUAAUUUCUAAGCGAACAAUGUUUUAAAAGAAAAGAUUAUGUAUCGUAUAAGGAAACUGUUAUAUGCAAUAAGUUUUUAAACUUAACAAAAGUAUUGUGUUACAUGAAAAGAAGGUAUGUUGUAAUUUGUUUAAUAUUACGCAGUUUAAAUGUACUACCAACAUACAAGAUCUAAUAUGUAUUGGAUAUGAAUGUAUAAAAUUAUAAAUAAAUGUUUAAAUUGCUAAAGAACUAAAA